AUGGGUCGCCUCGGCAACGGGCUGCGCACCGUCGACUGGAGCGCACAUAAGCUCACGACCUUUGAAAAAAACUUCUACGUCGAGGACAAGCGGGUGAAAGCGCUGAGCGACCGCGAGGUUGACGAGUUCCGGAAGGCCAAGGAGAUGAAGGUGCAAGGGCGCGACGUCCCGCGGCCCGUCGCCUCCUUCGAGGAGGUCGGCUUCCCCGAGUACAUCAUGUCGACCAUUCGCGCGCAGGGCUUCCCCGCGCCUACCCCCAUUCAGUGCCAAGCGUGGCCUAUGGCGCUCACCGGUAGGGAUGUUGUCGCCAUCUCACAAACCGGAAGUGGCAAGACCAUUUCGUUCGCUCUGCCGGCCAUGCUGCACAUCAAUGCGCAACCGCUCCUCGCACCUGGCGAUGGUCCCAUCGCACUGAUCCUCGCCCCGACCCGUGAGCUCGCGGUGCAGAUUCAGCAAGAGUGCACGAAGUUCGGCUCAAACUCCAAAAUCCGCAAUACUGCCAUCUACGGCGGUGCACCCAAGGGUCCCCAGAUCCGUGACCUGCAGCGCGGUGUCGAGAUCGUCAUCGCGACGCCGGGUCGGUUGAUUGACAUGCUUGAGACACAGAAGACGAACCUUCGGCGUGUCACCUACCUCGUCAUGGACGAGGCCGACCGUAUGCUUGACAUGGGUUUCGAGCCUCAGAUCAGGAAGAUCGUUGCCCAGAUUCGACCGGACAGACAGACACUGAUGUUCUCUGCCACUUGGCCGAAGGACGUGCAGAAGCUGGCGAACGACUUCUUGAAAGACUUCAUCCAAGUCAACAUCGGCUCCACGGAGCUCACUGCCAACCACAACAUCCAGCAAAUCGUCGAAGUCUGCAGCGACUUUGAGAAGCGGUCGAAGCUCAUCAAGCACCUCGACCAAAUUAGUCAAGAGAACGCGAAAGUACUGAUCUUCGUCGGCACAAAACGAGUCGCGGAUGAUAUCACAAAGUAUCUCCGUCAAGACGGGUGGCCAGCGUUGGCCAUCCACGGUGAUAAGGAGCAGCGUGAGCGUGAUUGGGUAUUGAGCGAGUUCAAGGCUGGUCGCUCGCCUAUCCUGAUUGCGACCGAUGUUGCGUCGCGUGGUCUUGACGUGAAGGAUGUCGGCUAUGUCCUCAACUAUGACUUCCCUAACAACUGCGAGGACUACAUCCACCGUAUCGGUCGUACUGGGCGUGCUGGCAUGAAGGGGACGUCGUACACGUACUUCACUACCGACAAUGCCAAGUCGGCUCGUGAGCUCAUCGCUAUUCUUCGUGAGGCGAAGGCGCACGUGCCGCCUCAGCUCGAGGAGAUGUCGAUGUUUGGCGGUGGUCGCUUCGGCGGUGGUGGUCGUGGCCGCGGUGGUGGCGGAGGUGGUGGCCGGUUCGGCGGCGGCGGCGGAGGUGGAGGCGGCUACGGCGGCCACGGUGGCCACGACAAUGGCUACGGCGGCAAGAACGACCGCUGGUAA